AGACACCAAUUAAUGCGCGAACUUUGUUCUCAGUUUAAUUGUGGCACAGGCAUAGUGAGUCAUCUGUUGUAUAUUGUCUGCAAGCAGUGGUGAUGUAACGCGGUCAGGAAUAUGCUCGAGGUGUCGCGUUGAUCGGACUUCGCACGAGCUCACAGCGGCCGACUUGGAACUCAGAGAGUCGAACAGGUGCAGGUUUCGUGGCGCUCAUCGGUUGCUGCUUCCAGCUUCUGUUGGUACUGUCGGAAGCCGAACGCCUGGCCAAGUGUUAGUGCCAUCUCUGGAAGAAUCACUUUGGUAAAGAGGCAUGGAGCCAGAGGAAAGAGCACUGUGGUCCUACGCUGUCCACCUCGAAGGCUUGGGACUCUCCCACAUGAAAGCUGCCGACCUGGUGCUUGCCUUUCAAACGGCUGGAAUCGGGGCUGGAGGACGCACGAUUCCAUUUCCCACCGUUUGCACAAACGGUGGCGGUACCCGGGUGUGCCGCAUAUUUGAGCACCUCACCCUUUGGAAUGAACUCCUGUGGUUCGCCAUGGCUGAGCUCAGGGAGGUCCAACCAGGCAGAUUGGCCUUUCUGUGCCGGCACUUUCUUAGACCGUUGCAGCAGAAUUGCCAGGAGCAGCUUGAACGCACAUAUGCACUGAUCCACUGUGUGCUUGCCAAGCAUCACUGCGUCGUUUCGGUUGUGGUCGAUUACGACAUGCUCAAAGGCUACCCUACGCUAUUCAGCGAUGCAUUGCGACGAAGCACCUCUCUUGAGAAGCUGCAGAUCGACACCUCUGGGCUGGAGUUUGAGGAGGUCGGCAAGCUCAUUGUCGACGUCUGUGCAAACUGUCACCUCAAGGAGUUGACGUGCAGCGAGAUUAGGCUCCUGGAAAGUGGCAAUGAAGUACAGGCACGCUUUGCAGACUACUUGAGAAAGUCAACUACACUGAAGGUGUUGAGUGUCAUCAGUAUGUCCUGCCAUUCUGACUACAAGGUUGUCAUGGGACCUCUGCAGGAGAAUUCGACCAUUACUAGUCUGACGAUUGACAGCGUGUGCAUAGAACUCGACAAUGGUGCUUCCCUGUCUGGGUUUCUUUCUGCCGACUCCGUGCUUACAGAACUGACUGUGGUAAAGCAGACCUGGCGUACUGUAUGUAACAUAGAGCCCUUGUUUAAGAGCUUAAAAAGAAACAGUAUGCUCCGGAAGCUCAGCCUUCAGCGAUUUUUGUUUAGCCUGGCUGAUGCAGCUUUAAUGUCAGAUACACUGACUGCGAACACAACACUCCAGGAGCUUGACGUCAGUCAUACCGAAUGGACAUUCAUGGAGCCGUGGCUCAGUGUGGACAGCGAGAACGAUUCUGCUGUCAAGAGUGCCAAGUCUGCAUGGGGCAAAUGGUGGCGUGUUCAGCCAUUUGUCAAUGCUUUACAGAGGAGUGUCUCUCUCCAGAGGCUGGAAUUCGGACACAUCUAUUUUUGCGACUAUGAAUUGCGAAGGCUCCUUUUGGCGGUGAAAGAGAGUGACUCAUUUCGUCAACUCCAUUUCUUACAGCUGAGCUGUGGCUGCUUCUGCGAAUUUGUCGACCUCGUUCGGGAGACGGGCACCUUCGAUAAGGUCGCUAUCCGGAAUUGCUACUCCAAUGCCACGCUCUUUGUUAACGCUCUGAAUAGAUGCGAGCGGCUUCCGUUUACAGGAAACCACAGCUUUAGGUCCCUUGACAUGAAACGUUUGCGGGAAAUAUGUACCGCUCUUACGUUGCACGACAGCAUCACUUCGAUUAAUCUGCGUACUGACCGGCCUUUUGAAUCCUUUGAUGAACAAUGCGCUACCUCGUUGGCAAGAUAUGUGUCGUCGACAACCACACUGAGGGAGCUGGACGUCACCAUUAGUGCCACAGACAAAUCUGUCAACAGGAUUGUCAUUGCUGGUCUCUUGGCAAACAGAAGCCUUGAGAGGCUCGGAAUAUACAGCUGCUCUCUGUAUGACAGUGACGUGCAUGUAUUCACUAAGUGGCUGCAGCAGAGCAAGACCUUGUACUGGCUGUCCGGCUCUUUUGUGCCCGAAGAUGUGCGUGUCCGUCUCGUGUCGGAGCUGGUUGGCUGCCUUCGAAGUAGCUACACGCUUACAUCCUUAGACAUCUCGAAUCUUGAGAAGAGUCAUGCUCACUGGCAGGUCAUCCAGGGUCAACUAUGUCGAAAUGCCUCACUGGUUGUACGCGCCACACACUUUGCCACAGGUUCCACGCUAAAGAGGUGCGCAAGUGCAUUUGAACUUGUGUCAUGGCACCCGUUGGUCUUCUAUAGGCUACUGCACCUGUCAUCAAUGUGCGUGGAUGAGGUGCAACAGAAGCUGGUGCAGAGCAAGAAGCGUCUCUUGAUCGACUUUUGGCAGUUGGCUGGUGUUGUAAAAGAAGAGCUCUGCUGCCAUGAGCGUGAUGAUGGCAAGCUUCAGAUAGACCAAAUAGGCUUUGAUGCCUGGAUGGCAUUGCGCAAGUUUUUGAAAGUUGGUGACAUUGCAGAUGCUUAGCUCAUGCAGAAAAAAAAAAGAAAUUAAUCUGCGUGACUGUCCUGAGUGUAAAUAUAGCUUGGUUAAAUGAACAAC